AUGGGCUCUCUGCCGACUCUCACCCUGUCCGCACCCUACACGCACUCCCACCCGGUUCCUCCACCAGGAGUGUAUGCUCCUGCGGUAACGUUCUUCGAUCCUGAGACCGAUACUCUCUGUCCUACCGAGCAAUCCCAAUACUAUAAAUACCUCGCCUCAGCCGGCCUCACUGGGCUCGUGAUCCUGGGCACAAAUGCUGAAACAUUCCUCCUAACCCGCGAAGAACGCCGUACCCUUCUCACGCUGGCGCGUCAAUCUGUUCCGGAGUCAUAUCCUAUAAUAGCUGGAGUAGGCGGGCACUCGACGGCCCAAGUUCUCGAGUAUAUAUCAGAUGCCCACGCCGCAGGAGCCAACUACGUCCUCGUACUACCCGCUGCAUAUUUUGGCAAGCAGACCACUCCCUCAGUUGUCCACAGUUUCUACACAUCCGUCGCCAAAGCCAGUCCGCUCCCAAUCCUAAUCUACAAUUUUCCUGCUGUGUGUAAUGGCCUUGAUCUUGACAGCGACGUGAUCACCCAACUGGCGAACGAGAACCCGAACAUUGUUGGCGUGAAAUUGACGUGCGGGAGCGUUGGCAAGAUCACCAGGCUCGCAGCGACAUUCCAACCCGAGCGCUUCGCCGUGUAUGGAGGACAGUCGGACUUCCUUGUCGGAGGGCUCGCCGCGGGAAGUGCUGGCUGUAUUGCAGCCUUUGCAAAUAUUUUCCCCAAGACUGUGUCCAAGAUUUUCGACCUGUACAAGAUGGGCAAGCAUGACCAGGCUUUGGCGCUGCAGAGGAUGUCUGCGCACGCAGAGAACCCCACAAAAGCAGGUAUCGCCACGACAAAGUAUGCUGUAAGUCAGCAGAGUGCGAAAGCGGCUGGAAUCCAGGGCAAUCUGGAGGCAAUGUUGAGACCCCGCAGGCCGUACGAAGAGCCGAGUGAGGCAGUCAAGAGGAAGAUUGAUGAGAUCAUGACACCACUUGCUGACAUAGAAAAGACCCUGUAA